UUUAAAGCUGGAGAAAAAGCUCUACUCUCUCCAUUCUGGUUACCAUGGAUUUUUCUCAAAAGCUUUUGGUAAAUGGCACAUCCCACUUCUGAUGUCAGCGCUGGAGGAAGGGGAAGGGGGGUAGGAUGGAGUUCAGAGAAAGAGCGAGAGAUGAUGGAAAAAGGAAAGAAGAGGAGGGGAUGAGGGAGGCAGCCUGUUGCUCCUGACCAUCAAACUGCCUGCUGGUACUCCCGCUGCCGGUUCAUGGAUGGAGCUGAAAAAAACAUCUCACAGCUUCCUGCAGGAGCUUUCUUUUUCUUCUUCGUCGCUUUCUGUAGCAAACUGAAAAACAUAAGUGUCUUUAUGUGUAAGGUGUCUCAGAUAGAUCUGGUCCAGCUCAGACAGUCCCGACCUCACCAACAACACAGAGGAAUCUUCGGCAGGGAUCAGACACAACACAAAUGCCACAGCGUGACGACCUGCUGAUGGGAGGUUAAGUUCAGGGAUGUGAACGCACCAGUAAACAUGACCCUUUUGGCAGGCGAUGGUUCCGACUACGACUACAGUGCUCUGAGCUGUGCCUCUGACACCUCUCUCAACCCACCCCCCCAGCAGGAGGAGGAUGCUCGUAAGGGAGAUUUUUAUAAGAGGGCCCAGCCCGCCCCUGAGCUGAGCUCCAUCCCUGAUAACACGCCCCUGUCAGGCGCCCGCAAACUCCAUGCCAUUAUCAAUGUGGGCGGCCUGCGUUACCAGCUGCCCUGGACCACCUUAGAGGACUUCCCCCUGACCCGUCUGGGCCAGCUGUGCCUCUGCAGCAGCUUCGAUGAGAUCAUGCGUAUCUGUGAUGACUACGAUGUUACACACAAUGAAUUCUUCUUUGACCGCAGCCCCUGUGCUUUCCGCACCAUCCUGACUUUCCUGCGGGCCGGAAAGCUGCGCUCCCUCAGGGAGAUGUGCGCUCUGUCCUUCAAGGAGGAGCUGCUCUACUGGGGGGUUCCUGAGGAGAACCUGGAGUGGUGCUGCCGUCGUCGUCUGCUGCAGCGUGUGGAGGAGUUUGAAGCCAUGGAGAGGGCAGAGGAAGAGGAGGAACUUCUGGAAGACCUGCUGGAUUCAGAGAGUGGUCACAGGCAGCACUCAGCUGAGUCCAAACUCAGUCACUGCAUGGGAAAGCUUAGGGACAUGGUGGAGAGGCCUCAGUCUGGCCUUCCUGGGAAGAUCUUCGCCUGCUUGUCAGUGUUGUUUGUCACCAUCACUGCCAUCAACCUCUCCAUUAGUACCAUGCCAGCCAUGAGGGAGGAGGAGGAGGCGGGUACGUGCUCCAACAUGUGCUAUAACAUCUUCAUUGUGGAGACUGUGUGUGUGGCCUGGUUCUCCCUGGAGUUCACCUUGCGCUUCAUCCAGGAUCGCAGCAAGCUGACCUUCCUCAGAAAGCCCCUGAACCUGAUUGAUGUGGUAGCCAUCCUGCCGUACUACAUCACUCUAGUAGUGGACAGCACCUCCAAAGGGGAGAAGCGUCUGGGUUCUGGCAGCAGCUACUUAGACAAAGUGGGCUUGGUGCUUCGUGUCCUCAGGGCGCUGCGUAUCCUCUAUGUGAUGCGAUUAGCUCGCCAUUCUCUGGGUCUGCAGACUCUGGGCCUGACAGCACGCCGCUGCACACGGGAGUUCGGUCUGCUCCUCCUCUUCCUGUGUGUGGCCAUUGCGUUGUAUUCCCCCCUGCUGUACUUGAUCGAGAAUGAAAUGACCACCACGCAGGAGUUCACCAGCAUUCCUGCUACUUAUUGGUGGGCUGUCAUCACCAUGACAACAGUGGGUUAUGGAGACAUGGUACCAAGGAGCAUCCCAGGUCAAGUGGUGGCUCUGAGCAGCAUCCUAAGUGGUAUCCUCCUGAUGGCCUUCCCUGUCACCUCCAUCUUCCACACCUUCUCGAGGUCCUACGUGGAGUUGAAGCAGGAGCAGCAGAGGCUCUUACAGAGGAGGACACACUUCCUGCUGCGCAGCCGCAUGGCCGGCCUUGGCAGCAACCUCUCAUUAGAGAGCGAUAUGCUGUUUCCCAUUGGGUCAUCUGAUGCCAGAGAUGUGGAAGACUGAGGCUGAUGGGACUGCAGAGGGCAUGCGAGAGACAGAAAAGAUGAAGGAAGAAGAAAGCAGAACUGUGUAACCACAAGAUGGAGAUGUCCUGACAUAGAGAAAGUCAGAGUGAAGAGAAAAGGCCACUGGCAAUAAUGUGAAAUAGAAAGUAAAGCCUAAAAAGUAAAGAUUUUCCUCUUCAGGACAAAAACCAAACAUCUGGUCCUCAUCAGGUCUUAAAAUAACAAAACUCCAACCUCAGAUAAACAACCUAUUGCUGAUCAAUGCUCUAAUUAACCAAUCAUCAGUGUGAGCUCCUCUAUAACGGGUGUGUUAACACAAUGCCAAGGAAGAAAGACAUCAGCAAUGAUCCUGCUGUUGCUGUUCAUAAACCUGGAAAGGCUUGUCAGGUAAAUUCCAAACUAUCUGGAGUCCACAUUCGCUGUAGGAUGAUCAUUCUACAGAGAGGAAGAUUAUUCAUGAGAGGAAAACAUUCCUGACAGCUGCCAGUCUUCCCAGGAGUGGACGUCCCGGUAAAUCCUGUCCAAGGUCAGACCAUAGAGAAACCCAAGAGCUACACCUUAGACUCUCCAGAACUCAGUUAGCAUGAUAAAUGUUAAAGCUCAUGACUGAACCAGUAUUGCCUGAUUGGAAGGGUUGCAGGAGAAAGCCUCUUCUCUCUAAAAACAACAUGGCAGCAGGGCUUAGGCUGGCAAAGCUGCUUCUAAACAAACCACAAGACUUCUGGAACAUUGUUCUUUAGACAGAUCAAACCAAAGUGGACAUGUUUGGUCAGAAUGCAGGAAAAAAAUACAAACACAGCAAAUCAGCACAAACAUCUCAUAGCAACUUUUAGCACGGUGGUGGAGGGAUGAUGAUCUGGACACUUUGCGGUCAUUGUGUGGACCAUGAACUCCACUGUAUAGUCUUCUAGAGUCAGAUGUGAGUCCAUCUGUCUUACACCUAAAGCUUGGUCGAAACGGUUUCAUGCCGCAGAACAAUGAUCCCAAACACAGCAGCAGAUCUGCAAAAGAAUGGAUGGAAAAGAAAAAAAUCAAGUUGCUGACAUGAACCAGUCAAAGUGUGCCAGCAUCUGGACCUGCAGCCUGGUUCUGGUUCAGUCUCUCCAGCUGCUUCUUCACCUGACUGCAGGAACCAGACAGGUUGGAGCACUGAAUUCAUGUGUUUAAUUUUUCAAACACUGCUUCUGUAUUUUGCUCUGGUUUUUGUUUAAUAAAUGAUGGCAUGGUGUAACAUUUA